AUGACAUACCUCGAGGACUCCCCACCGCUACCACCUCUCUCAACGCUAUUCCCACAUCUGCACUCCGAUGCCACCACACUACCAGCCUCAACGGAUCCCUUCACCAUCACGACCAAGACCGGCUUCCUACCAUGUCGGCCACCGCUCAUCCGCCUACCAGAGGCAUUCGACAAGAUGACAGCCAUUGUCGAGGACAUGCCAAUUGUCAAGCUUGAUGGAUCUUCCGGUCUACUUGCAACCUUUAAGCUCGGUCCACUGAUCGACUCUGGGAAGCUGCCCGACCUGACUUCUGAAAUGGACAAGCUACGGGUCACACCAGGUGGUGACUACGAUCUGGAGGCGAUCACUGCAUUGUUCCGUGAUUACAGUUUCCUGGCCAGUGCCUACUUGCUGGAGCCUUGUUGGGAGAAAUGGUCUAAGGACAAUAGUGCUGGGCUCGGACUGGGAAGAUCGACCCUACCUCAAUGCAUCGCGUCUCCUCUGGUCAAGGCUGCAGAUAUACUUGACAUCCCUCCUUUCAUGUCAUACGCAGCUUCCUAUGCGCUGUACAAUUACAGCAUGGUAUCACCAGAAGUCGGACCCAGCGUCUACGACAAUAUCCGACUUGUCCGAGCAUUCGAACUUGGUCUUGACCCCAAGAGCUCCGAAGCAGGUUUCAUUCUGACUCAUGUCCACAUGGUACAAGCCACUGGCCCGCUAAUUGACGGUGCAACAUCUCUUCUCGCAACCAUUGAAAACAAACCCGAAGAUACCGCCGCCGCAGCUUCGGCAUUCCAGACGAUGCUCGACGCCAUGACAACGAUCGAAGCGCACAUGGAACAGAUGUGGACCAACUCACUCCCCAAAGAUUACAUUUCCUACCGCACCUUCAUCUUCGGCAUCACCAAUCAAUCCAUGUUCCCCAAUGGGGUCAUCUACGAAGGCACACGGUACGGCAACUCUAAGCCACUGUACUUCCGCGGCGAAUCUGGCGCCAACGACAGCAUCAUCCCAAUGCUCGACCACAUUUUGGAAAUCCCCAUGCCCAACAAUCCUCUGACCGAGAUCUUGCGAGACUUCCGCUCCUAUCGCCCGAAGCCACACAGAGACUUCCUCGCCUGGGUUAUGAGCAAGUCUGCCGAGCUUGGUGUCAGGAAAUACUGCUCUGGAGGUUCGUCAUCAGAUGCAGACAAAUUCAUCCUCCCCACGCUCUACCUCAAGCUACUGAACCACGUCCGAAGCUUCCGAUGGCGCCAUUGGCUCUUCGCGAGAGAGUACAUCAUUAAGCGUUCAGCUCAUCCUACUGCUACGGGCGGUAGCCCAAUCAUCACAUGGUUGCCCAAUCAGCUGUUUGCCGUCAUGGACCUCAUGCAGUCGGUUUAUGCUGAUAGUGGAUUAAAGCAGGCUGUGGAGUCCAAUGUUGAGAAUCAAGGCGAGGUCAAGGUUGUCAAGGAGAUUAUGGAAAAUGCUACCAUACAAUACGAGAAGUUAGAUAAGGAGGUCCGGAAGUACUGUGCUGAGCGUGGUGCUUGA